UUUCUACAUUACUUUUACUUUCAUUGCUCAAAGUUACUGUUUAAUGGCUUUCUAGUUCGAGUACGUAGGUAUGGUCGGAACCAAGUUGGUCGCACUGUGCAUUGGGUUUUAUGGCACACAGGUGCGAUUACACAUGAAUUUUUAGGCGUACAACCAAAAAUCCAGUCGCACAUGCAACCAGUUAGUCGUUAACUUUGAGCCUCGAUACAAAUAUCUCGAAAAAUUGCCAAAAUAUGUUUCCAAAAAUUCCCGAUUUUUUUUCUAAAUAUCUCCAAAUUCCCCCUUUUACCUUCAAAAAAUUUUGAGAACCCCAGCAAGAAUCCCCUAAAUUAUCAAUGAUUGAAACUACUUGGAAAAAAGGUAUUUGCCUUUUAAUAGACACGUUAACUGAAGGUGUAUUCCAUUCUUAAAGUUUGUAUCACAAGCUCGUUGAUUUAAACUUGUUAGAUUCGUUCCAUUAUGGACAAGAAGCAUAACAUCCGGAACAUGUCAGUCAUUGCCCAUGUUGACCAUGGUAAGUCGACACUGACUGAUUCUUUAGUCAGCAAAGCUGGAAUUAUUGCAGCAGCAAAAGCAGGAGAACAAAGGUUUACAGACACCAGGAAAGAUGAGCAGGAGCGCUGCAUUACCAUUAAGUCAACGUAAGUGUUUCUUUUAGCCUUCCUUCUCUAUCAUUUAUUUUAGGAGUUGCAACAUAUGAAUUAGGGUUCCAUGAAUUGUGUGAAAUUAUACAGCAAUUUCAAAGCCUUGUUUAUCUGUUAAUCAAGCAAAAAAGUGGAGGAAUUGAAUGAUUUUGCUCCUUUUGGCUAAUUCCUAAUAUUUUGGAGUAAUUUUUAUAGGGAGUGCCCAUUAGACAAGUCACUUUUAUUAGAGAGGGGCAUUGAAUACAAUUUUAACAGUGUAGAGGGGUGUUUGCUAGAUAAAAGGCAUUUAAUUAGGAUUGGGUGUGUGUUAGGAGAUUUAUGGUAGCUGCAUUUAAUUUUACACUGUACAAUGUGGUGUAUUACCAGCAAUCCAGGAUGAAUGGGCAGCUAGGGUAAACAGCAAAGGAACGGGAAAGCUGUUAUCUAAACAAGCUUAAUUUUUUUCAGAGCCAUCUCCAUGUACUAUGAGCUUGGUGAGAAAGAUUUGGCUUAUAUCACUGGUGAACGGGAUGGGAAUGGCUUUCUUAUUAACCUAAUUGACUCUCCGGGACACGUCGAUUUUUCCUCAGAAGUUACUGCUGCUCUGCGUGUAACUGAUGGUGCUCUUGUUGUUGUGGAUUGUGUUAGUGGUAAGUUUUUAGGAUAAAUUGAAUAACUUCCUUGGUUAGUGGUUCACUGAUGGUCUGUUAAUCCUACAGGCAGUGACCAUAAUGUAGCCUUUAGACAGUGUGAAGUAUCAGUUUUAUCUGCAUUUUCUGACUUGAAAGUAAGUGAAGAAGAGGUUUAAAGAUUCUGCAUUGCAUUUAUCUCUAAUAGGUGUUUGUGUCCAGACUGAGACAGUGUUGAGGCAGGCUAUUAGUGAACGUAUCAAGCCAGUUCUCUUUAUGAACAAAAUGGAUCGGGCUCUUCUAGAACUGCAGUUAGAGAUGGAAGAUCUUUAUCAAACUUUCCAGCGAAUUGUGGAGUCUGUCAAUGUUAUCAUUGCUACAUAUGCUGAUGAUGAUGGUCCAAUGGGAUAUAUCCAGGUUAGUUCGUAUAAAAUUGCUGCCAAAUAGAGGUAUUUAAUUUGCACAGUUGCAGUCGUCUUACCAAUCUUAUUGUGUCAUGCUUGAAUGGCCCAUGGAUUGCUUAACUGUGUAUGAUCUCUGGUUUGGCCAUAAACUUAUGUUUUGGGUUGGUGUCUGUAGUUGCCUAACAAAAUAAUUAUUACCGCAUUUAUUCAACUAUAAGCCAAGUGAUUUUUACACAAAUUAAAACUGAAGUGAAUUAAUAUUUGGGCUCUAGAAGGGGUCUCGGCUUAUAGCCGAAAGUUUUUGAAAAAAAAAUUUUUCCGGCACAUGGAAACUCUGCUAAAUAAAGAUGUAUUUACGUAUAAGCCGAGCUAAAGUAAAGAAACACAAUAUGCAAUCGUUUGUUAUUAACUUUUAAGAAUGUGGUGGCUCCUAAAGGAGCCCUUUGUUAAAUUUAAUGAGUUUUCACAGAAAAGAUAAAGAUUCUUGAUACGGAAUAACCGUGACGCUGACGGGAUGUGAAUACAAAUCGAUGGAUCUUGACUGUUUGCUGCUCCAAAUCUUCUGGCUGAGAGAGUGUUGUUUCGGUGCGAAGGCUGACGGAAUGGCGGCACUUCCAUUUCUGGUACCAGCCAAGGGACUCUUUAAACUCAGGAUCCUCGCUGAAUUCCUUUGCCUUUAGACGUAGCAUCAAUCCACUAACAGCUAUUCCUAUGCAAAACGAAGUGAGAACAGGGCUCGAAAUUACGACUGAUACGGUCGCCAAUAUGACUAACAUUUUUUCCGUGGCGACUAAAAAUUCUGGUUUAGUCGCCAAAGUGGUGACCAGAUUUUAGAAGAGUAAAAUUAAAACAAACAUUUCAUCUUAUCUUGCUUUUCUUUCAUCAUGGAAAAUGUGCCAAAUCAAUCACAUAAACAAAGCCAGUUUACCUCCAAAUUUAUACUGACUUCAAGAUAUUUUCAAAUGUGAUGGAUUGCACCAUACUAUGCUGGGCUUCUGAUAGGUAGUGGAAAAAAGGCAAAUUUUGCAGGAUUUUUAGGGGCAAAUUUGCGGAAACAUCGACCAAUUUUGCAGCACUUUCGCGGGAAUGUUUGGGGCAAACGUCCCGGAAAAUCAAUCAUUAAAAAAGGCCGAUUUUGUGGUUAUUUUUGAGGGAAAAUUUUGUCAGAUAUCGAUCGGUUUUUGGCCGAUCAGACCAGCAUUUUUAACGUUUUAAUAACGGGGUCAUCCUUUGCUCUUUCAACGACAAUACGCUCCAGAAAUGAACCAAUGGCAAAGCCUUUAACAUCAUGGCUAGUGCCCAAUUUUCGCAACGUAAUCUACGCCUGGUAGUUUCGGGACGUUAUUUGCACGUUUCAGUGACGAAGUAUCAAGAUUUACGGCAAGUAAAUAGCCCCCAAUAGCUGAGAUAAGUUUCAAAUAUGUUGUACAGACAUGUAUUUGAUAAGAUUUCUACUGAAUUUCGCGGUAUUUCGCGUGUUUUUGUAAAUUUCGUGGCUCUGCUCCUGCUCGAAAUAUCAGAAGCCCUGUACCUAUGAGCUGCGUCAUUUACAUUUUACAAACUGGCGACUAAAAAUUUGCAUCUGGCGACUAUAUUUCUCCGGUUGGUCGCCACAAGGCGACCUGAAGAUUUUUUUAAUUUCGAGCCCUGGAGAAGGUUACCAAACGAUCGAAAGGUUAAAAAUUUGACACGUCUUGAAUUUGUUUUGACAUUUGUGAAAACUGGCCAAUAAGAAUCUUUCAUACACAAUGUUGUCACAUGAUACUACGAUAGUUUUGAGAGUCACACAUUCAACUCAUAUUCACUCUGCAAUCAGCUGAUUGAUUUAUUUCGUGAUCUUGUUUCUGUUGUUUUAAAAUACAAAAUCAAUGCUCGACAAAAAACUUACCUUGGCUUCUCUGCUCUGUAAACCAUUCCAGUAUUCUUUGAUCGAGCUCCGGAUACUUUGGCGUGAAGCAUCCCAUCGUCUUCCGUUUCCUCGCUGUUAAAAAGGUUUGCUUGAUCUUUCCUCCAGCGACGGACCAUUGACUCACUGAUGCCAUAUUGUCUGGCGAUUUCAGAGUUAUUUUCAACAGCUUCUGCUUCAGCGAGUAUUUUAAGUUUAAACGCGAGGUUGUAUGACGUGCGACGAGCCGUGGGCAUGAUGACAACUUUACUUGAAAUAAACGAUUGCGAACACGAGAUUGUUUGAUAGACGCUACGGAUGUCUAGGUACUGGUGAUGCCGCUUAACAACACAGUUAGUUUUAAAUUCAUUUUUGGAACACAUUAAUUCAUCUGAUUCGUUGCUUUUCAAUUGAAUAGUUAGUUACGGGUAAUAUUUAUUAAUUCGUGUGUGUUUUCUAAGAGGGAAGCUUUUUGCAUAAUAAAUCACCAUUGCAUCUCUUGUAUACGCGUGUGUGUGUUAUCGUCUAAGCCUCAUUUUGUGACAAUCAAUGUGAUUUUUUUCCAAAAAUGUUAGGUUUUCUCGUAGUUAAAAAUUCAGUCUUGUAAUAAUGAAUGGGUCUCGGCUUAUAGCCGGGUGUUUUCAAUUUAUUUUUGGUUCUCGUUAUGCUGAGUCUACACGUUCAAAGUUUGGGGUCUCGGCUUAUAGUCAAAUAAAUACGGUAGUUAAUCCUAGCACACUUCCCACCUAAACACAUUCUUUUGGAGAAAAAUUAUGAAAACAGCCACAUAAGAAUAUCAUGAUGUAAUAAUGCUAAUAUGAUUUGUGCUAAAUUAAACUCAAGACUUGGCUGACCAGCUGUCUCCUGUAAGAGAUAUGCAGGGGGCAUCCUAAUCACAUCGCUGGGACUGAUUGGUUCUUUACAGCCUUUCUCUAACUUGAGGUCAGGCCAUUAUGUUUGCAUAUUGUUGCCGGGCAAAGGCUUGUGCUUGUAAAGUGUUUUCUGCUCCGUGCUCUUCAUGCUCCCCCCCCCCCACCCAUGUGGUACGUAUAAUUAUCGUGGGUAUGUUAGGUUCUGCUGGUUAGCUGUUUGAUGGUGCCUGGAUGAAUCUCUCUGAAUCCCAGAAUCCAAAAUACAGUUGAACCUCCGUUAAGUGGCCACCCUUGGGGUAACAGCAACUGGCCGCUUAAUGGAGCUUGGCCUCUUGAUAGUGGCUUGUUAUAAAUUAGCAUAACAUGAGCAAAAUGUUUAGCAGAAACAACUUUUUAUUUUAAAACAAACUUGUGACGGGAGCUGCAUUACUGGCCCACAAUCAGUCUUCUAUGAUGGGCUGUAUUUUCCUUCAUCAUUUUCUUGAAGUAAAGUCAAACUAAGUGUGUUAAGCAUGUGAUCACUGCUUAAUAGAGGUGACAACAAUGGCCGUAGCUGAUUAAUGGAGGUUCAAGUGUAAGAGGGAAAUUCUUCUAUUUGUGUACAUUAAGCCUCAAAUCAAGAAAGCUUAUCAAGUGUAAUUUAAGAUUAUGUUUGUUUUGUGGACCUUAAAUUGCAGAACAAGUUUUGUGACAAAAAAAAUGAGCUGAAAAAAAGAGAUACAGCAGUCCAGUGCUCCACACCAGUAGACCAGUAGGCUGAAGAUUAAGUUGUGCCAGGACCAAUAACACUGGUCCCUAAUAUCUUUUUAUCAAGUGUAUCAUUAACUCCAUAUAAUGAUCUUUCAGGUUAAUCCUGAAAAGGGAACUGUAGGCUUCGGCUCUGGGCUUCAUGGAUGGGCCUUUACCUUGAAGCAGUUUGCAGAAAUGUAUGCUGAGAAGUUUAAGAUCGAGCCAGCAAAGCUGAUGAGACGGUUCUGGGGAGAUCAGUUCUACAACCCAAAAACCAAGAAGUGGACAAAAACUCAAGUAGAAGGGUCUGUACGUGGAUUUUGCCAGUUUGUGUUAGACCCCAUUUUUAAGGUAACUGUUAUAUUUUGCCAUUAUUUAAAUAAAUGUUGUCAUUUUUAAGUUAUCAGGGAGUUAAAAUGCUUGUUGUCACAUAGCUUUACAUGUCUCUUUAUUUUUAAUUUGUGAGAACUGUUGACAAUGCCUUGUGCACUUUACUGGAAAGAAACUAGGCAUGAAGUAUGAAAGUCUCGCUGCUACAUAAGCAAGACUAAUAAGCGAUCUUACAAGCAUGAUCAUUUUUUGACUAUACAGCAGUCCUAAUACCUUAAAUAUGUGCAUAUUUGUGACAUUGUGACACUCAAAUCAUGCCGCAUCAGGACACAGGUGCCUUUGUUUCAACUUGUCACCCAACAUCCUUUGGAGGGUUACAUAUGAUCAUGCGGGUGUAGCCCUGAAUAGGACUGUUGUUGACAGUGACUGACAUUGCAAUAACCUGUAUGUGCAGCAGUCAUCUUCAGAUGCAAAGUGACCCAUCAACCAAUGUGAUACAACCACUACACUCACUCAGACAAUCAUAUUACACCUACAUAUGAAACGACUUCUGCAUUGAACCUUUUACUGUUUUAGUGACUUUCUGGUAAUGCUCUUGACAUGAGUAUGGCUUAUAAGAAUUACACUGCAAUAAGUCAGAGGGUUGAUUCUCAUCCUAGUGGUGAAAGCAAACCUGCCCCCCCCCCCCCCCCAAAAAAAAAAUAUAUAUACAUAUCAUUUUUCAAGACCCUAAGAAAUGCAUCAACAAGUACCAAGCAAGAGUUCAGCCAAGGUAACAUAAUUUAAUUUCUCUACACAAUUACCCUUGACCUGUCUUGGAGUGUAAGAUUUAACAUAUGCUUGUAGUUCUUUUGAAGUAAAUAGUUUGCGAUGUUUUUAUGCAUUGUAGACCUUUUGUUACUGUUGGCAGUAACAAAGCAGAGGAGUACUGUGCCAAGCAAAAAAAGUGAAAUAUUUUUUUAAGCAUUUUUGCAUUUUGCUCAUCAAUUCAUUAUUGAUAGAGCGUGAUGCAGGGUGCAGAGAAAGUCAGUUUUACAGUUUGCCCUUUGGGCAACCUUUAGCUAGCAUAUACAUGUGUAGUAUAUGCAUCUCGUUAAGGGAGUGAUUUCAGCUACUUGGCAGGUAACUUUUUGUUCUAGGUUCAUUUCACACAAAGAUGACUGUUGCAACCCAGUCUUUACGGAAUGUUCCCUGGAUUAUUUGAUGAUUUUUUGAUGUGUGACAUGUUUUCAAUACUUUAAUUAGAUGUUUGAUGCAAUCAUGAAUUUCAAGAAAGAGGAAACUAAAAAACUUCAUGAAAAGUUGAAUGUCAAACUUGCGGGAGAGGAAAAAGAUCAAGAAGGAAAACCACUUCUUAAGACGACUAUGCGCAAAUGGCUGCCAGCAGGUGAUGCCCUGCUACAGAUGAUAGCUAUCCAUCUUCCCUCUCCUGUGACUGCUCAGAAGUAUCGUAUGGAGAUGCUUUAUGAGGGACCUCAUGAUGACCUUGUUGCUACAGCAAUCAAAAACUGCGACCCAAAUGUUAGUGACAUUUUUUAUAACUUUGACUCUUUUAAUUAGUUGAUAUGCCAGGGUCCGAAAUUAACUUUUUGAUACGGGCGCCAACUGGUGAGCAAGUAUAAAUUUUUGGUCGCCAGAGAGCAAAUUGUGGUCAUCAAAAAUUCAAAUUUUUCUAACAAGUUUAAACAAGAAUAAAAAAUGCAUGGUAUGGACGUUUUUAUGCUCAAAAAUUGCACUACUUCCGCUCUCAAUACCAGAAAACACCCUGAAUGUCACAGGUUCAGAGCUCUAGAUCUGGGCUCUCUUCAAUUUUUUUAAAAGGUACGGCCUUGGAGUGUGUAGAAUAAGGCCCCAGGGGACUGCCGAACUAAUGGAGAGAUUAAGAUUCACAUUUACGCCAAACAGAAAUGUGAUUUUGUACCACAUGACCAAGUUUUCCCCUUAAUUAUUGUCAUUUACUGUUUAUUACGUCUACACAAAAAUAAGUAGUUUCACGCCAGUGUCAUCAUCCAUAAGAAUUGUUCUGGACAGCUUUUAUCUCCUUAUUUUCUAUGCUAAGAAAUUCUCAACUUGAAUCUGACGUUUGCUGUUUGCCGUAAAUGUGAAUCUUAAUCUCUCUACUAUCAAAUUCUCUCUUUGAUUCAUGAACCUUUUAAUGAGGCAAACUGAAAGGAGAACAAGCAUUAUACCAAUGCUUAUUCCAAUAGUGCCAACAGGCAACACUCAAGAAAAGAACUCUUACACAUUUUUCUUUUGCGAUAGGGUAAACUCUGUGUGUAUGUCUCCAAGAUGGUCCCCACUGCAGAUAAAGGUCGUUUCUAUGCCUUUGGUCGUGUUUUCUCAGGAACAGUUGCUACAGGGAUGAAAGUACGAAUUAUGGGCCCAAAUUAUAUUCCAGGCAAGAAAGAAGAUUUAUAUCAAAAAAGCAUCCAGAGGUAAGUUAAUCAGGUGACAUUAAAAAGGACUGCAAUUUACACAGCAAUUUAGUCCUUUUUUUAUUGUUACCAAUUUAUCACUGUGGAACUGCAAUUAUUGAAUGAAGAUAUGAUCAACGUAGCGAUAUAAGCCAUUGCAAAUUAACCCGCCAAAAAAAUGCCCUGUAAUUUCGUUAUAUUUCAGAGCAAGGUUGUAUUUAAGGCACUAUUUUCAUUCACAAGGAAGCAUCACAUACUUAAAAAAGUUUCCCCAAUAAAAUUUAUUCGAAAGAACUUAUCAACUUGUCAAUUAAAGAUAGAGUGGUCGGAAUUGGUUCUUUCCCUUUUACCUGCCGGCUCCUCCACGCCAUUCUGAUUAACUGAAAAGGGCAUGCAUCAGAUCAGAAGAAACAACUUCCGGUUUCCCAAAAGACUCUUAAGAAAUUCCGGUAUUUGUUUCACAUUCUGUAAUUUUUUUUAUCAAAAUCUUUUGUUAUGAUCUCAGAAGUAAAACUAGGCAUUUCUUUUAAAGAAGUCAAUUCCAUCAAACAAAUUAUCACUAUUUCAAAGGCUUCAAUUCUGGUUUAGAAGUAAUAUAUCAAGCAUGAGACGCAGUGUUUCAUUACCAGAUAAAACACCAAGAAAACGAUACGAUGCGUAGCAGAGUAUUUUUGAUGAACUUCGAGUUGUUUCAUCUGGUGAUGAAACACUGUCAAAUGCUUGAUAUUACUUCUCAAACAAAAUAAUUUUGGAAGGAGAAAUUAAGGAUGCAAAACUGAUCAGUUUUUCAUCUGAUUUCCAAACACUCAUUAAGGGUUAAUUUCCUUUGUAUUUUCUUAUUGAAUUAUUAAUGAGUUUGAGAAAUUUAGUUUCAAAGGCAACAAACAAAAUCUAAGCAUAGUUUUAUGCGAACUGAAAUAAGAAUAACAUAUCCACUAAUAACCGGUGAUUAAAAUGGUUUAAACAUCCCAAGAUUUCAGACAUUUUUGUUUCUGGUCAUGUGAUCAUGGGCCUGGUUCAAUGACAUCGUAAUUAUUUACAUCUGUACAGUACUGUUCAAAAGUAAGUUGAUUCUCGAUUCUUGAUUCCUGAGAGACUCAUCAAACCAGAACUGCCUUAUUUAGUGUAGAGUAAUUUUCUCUCUACUCUCAAUACUCGAUCACUGCAAGAAUCUACAACCUUUGCUUAAGUUUUGAGUAAUCUUCCUAACUUCUCUCAUGUCAGAAAAAAUCUUUCUACUUUAUAAAAUAACAAACUCUAGUUAGCAUUUGAUUCUUGCAAAAUGAACUUUGCAAAAUGAUACAGUAGCAGUUGAGAACUCUUCAGGAAAUUUGCAUUUGCUUGCACAACUUGGGUGACACUUUGCAUCCAAAUGUUAAAAAUAUUCAAACGGUAUUUUUUAUCAUUUGAAUAACAGAAGUUGUCAGUUCCAUAGUUAAACUAGAAAGGCAAUCCAUGACUUUGUAUCUGUAAAAUCCAAAAUAAAAGGAAGCUUGUGUAAAUAAAUGUUUAAUACGCGACAAUGUGUGUUAACAAAGUCUUAAGGCUCUUCUCGUCGCUUUUGUUCUUCGGCUUCUCUUUCAAAUAGUUAUUCUACUGGCCAAUUUUUUUCGAUUGCCUGUUUGUGAAUUUCCAUUGGCGUUAUUGCAGGUGAAUGUCUGUUCAUCAGUGUCUACGGUCAGGUUUUUUUUUUCACUGGAAGCUUUACUUGCAAUUGGACCUCUUGACCUGAAUUGCUGUUUUUGUGAAACGUUAUGGCUUCUCAGUGUGAUAUUUCGCCCUUUCCAUUUUAUGAGACGUGACUGCGUGCAUAAAAGUUUUGAUUUGAAUAUACGUGUAAAGCUUCAGAAAACUUCAGAAACCUCCAAGAGCUUUGAAAACACUUUAUAGUCUUGUGCAAUACAAUCUGCUUUCCGGUAGUUGCAGUCCAAGCUAGGCAACAAAAAAGUUCAUGUGUAUCGUGUUCCAUCGCAGAAAAGACAAGCCCAACUAAAACUUUAAAAGAACGUGCUAUAUUGUGCAUGUUACAGCCGAUCAUUACGAUGUCAAGCAGCCAGGUUUGACAAUGCUGUUAUUUGUUUCUUGUACACAAGUAUACACAGGUUGUUUGCGCGAAUGAACCAUGCUGUGUUUUGUCUAUGUAAAAUGAUCGAGAAAUCAGUCAUGGGUGAAUUUUUCGUUUUCCAUUUUGUUGAGACUUGAUCUUGGACACAUUUCUCGAUAGCUUGUUCUCAAUUCUCAAUUCACAAUUCGCGCAGGAAUAGAGAAUCGAGACUCGCGAUGGACUGUCAACUUACUCUUGAACUGCACUGUAUAAUGUAUCCUUCACAAGUACUGUGCUAUAAAAUUACUAAUGCAUGCCAAAAUGAGUCUUAGUUAUACGGCCAAAAUUGUCCCUAGCAACAGCCCCAAAACAUAGGUCAGAGGGCGGUUGAUUUACUGACUUUAUUGUACAUUGACUGCAGCUGACAGUUCUUGUCUUUUACAACUUGCCAGGACAGUUUUGAUGAUGGGGCGCUAUGUUGAAGCUAUCGAGGAUGUACCCUGUGGCAACAUAGUGGGUCUAGUGGGGAUAGAUCAGUACUUAGCCAAGACUGGUACAAUUUCUGACUAUGAACAGGCUCAUAACUUGAAGGUCAGUUUCUUUAGCUCAAUAAUAUAUUAUUGUAAAGGACCUUACAAAUCUGUCUGUGGUGGUCAUACAUACAUACAUUAUUACAUAACUUUGUUUACACUCGAAUUUUUUGAGUAGCUUGCGAGGUAAUAUCUUUGAGCACAAUACAGAAAAGUACAUUAAAAUAAUACAUUACAAGAAAAAACUCUGUCUGUAAGAAUGAAUGGAAUGGAAUGUACUGCACAGAAUGCAAUUUGAUGGCGCAUGUUUAGCCCCUCUAUCACUUGUAAUCUGAUCGCGUGUUUUGACUAUCUGUAACUUGAAACUUGCGCAAAGCACAGCGAUGGAGCAAAAGUAUUUUGACCUUUGAUUGUUGUCGCCCGCACUCAGUAACCUUUGCUUAUUAACAGUUGAUAUUCAUUAUUUAUCAUGUAAACACCAAUAAAAUACCAGGUGAGGUUUCACACAAAAAUGUCUUCACACAUGGUGAAAGUAACAUGUUAUCGUGACACAUGAAAAGAUCAUGGUUGCUAUGCUGGGCUUCAUCAUAAAUCACGCCUUUCACAUCAUAGAAAUGUUAAAGUGACGUAGUUUGGUAUUUACAUUGGUGUUAAUAUUGACAUAAAACAUUACAUGGUCGCUUAGGGAUGUGAACUUUGGUAUCUCUACACAGCCAUGUAAUGUCCUCUUAUUAUUGUUGUGAUGCAAAAAUCAUUUGCUUAUCAUUGCAGCCCAUUAUUACUUGUUAUUAAAUCCUCAAACACAUUUGGGAGGGGGACUUAAUAGAAGGGGGUGCUUAUCUGAUAAUUAGAGAAGAUGAUGGUAUUGGCUUCGUAAAGAGCUAGAAUGCAAAGUAGGAAAACUCAGCCACAUGAAGUUGGAGGUCUUGCAGUAAAGGUAAAAAACAAAUCAAACUUCCAGUAUGUGAAUAAACCAUAUCAGAUCAGUCCACUAGAAAUGUUACAGUGGAGUGGUGAGUAGACUCCAUCGCAUCUAAAUUGUCUUGUCACACAAUGCUCCUCCCCAACAAAGGGGAGGCGUGUUGAGUGAGGACAAAAAUGGCUGCGAGGGAGACUGUCCCGGGCUGGGGGCUGGGGCUUUCCUGAAAGAGGGGAAGUUAUGAAUAGAGGGUUAACUGUAUUUUUUUAAUGUUACUUUUUUUAUUGGAAGGUGAUGAAAUUUUCAGUCUCCCCUGUGGUUCGUGUAGCAGUAGAGGCAAAGAACCCAUCUGAUUUGCCCAAGCUGGUGGAAGGUCUAAAGCGACUGUCAAAAUCAGAUCCCAUGGUGCAGUGUAUCAUUGAAGAAAGUGGAGAACACAUCGUGGCUGGAGCAGGAGAGCUGCACUUGGAAAUCUGUCUGAAAGAUUUGGAAGAAGACCAUGCUUGCAUUCCUAUCAAGGUGACUGCAUACUAGCAACGUAAUAAGUAAAGGGCUGUCUGAAAUGGAUUAUCAGAAUCUUUAUUUCCUGUUCUGUUAAUGGGGAAUAGUAAACAUUGCAAGAUUUUAGGAUCCUAGGAUUACAUGUAGAAGGAAGGAAGGAAAGUUAGUUGGGUAGUGGAACAAGAUUUUCAUGGGAAUUUUCCAGGUGGAAGUGACACUUUUUAGUAUUUUUUUCCAGCCUCCUUGAAUAAAUGAAUCAUGCGCAAUUUGGUAUGGUUUGAAAAAACCGAUGAUGGCAUCAUAAGCGGUAGAAGGGAUGUGGUUCUGCAUGUGCAGUUACAAGCGGGUCAGCAGCUAAUGGGUCAAUCAAAAAAGCUUUAAGUCGUGUUUGCUGAGUUUUUCACCAGAUUUGGUUGUUUUGUACCCAAAAGUGGAUUUUCUCCAAAAACUUGGUACUUUGCUCAACCCAUUCACUCCUGGAAAUUUUGCUUAAAAACAAGUUUUUUCACGACUCACGAUUUUGUGACCUAUCGCAUUCGUUAGUGAGUUGGCAACUGGUUUCUCACGCUUUCUCGAAAAGUCAAACUAUAAAAAGAUUUCAGAGUUAUAGGUUCGUUUCAAAGUUAAAUAUCAACAAAUAGCUAGCUCGAUCCAAAGAAAACUCUGAUUACAUUAUUUUAGCUCACCCCAACUUGCUGCUGCCACCAAAUGUGCAGACUUGCUGUUUCUCUUAUUUCAAGAUGGCCACCAACAAAACAUAGAAGUUACAAACCUAAAUCAUAAAAAUUAAUCGUGAUAAUUUUUGCUGCAGCUUUAAAGUGAUAUGUGACUUCCAAUACCCAUAAUCCCCACUGGAAGUCCCUCCACUAGGAAAUGUGGGACAUCGCAUGGCGUUUUUCCCAUUUCUCACUAGUUUUCCCAUCUCUAGAUUCAGAGUCUUACGGGACUUAAAUGAGGUAGCUGAUCUCUUUUGCCACUAUUUUAGUGACUAAUAGUGAAAUUUCAAAGGUAAAUUCCCAGUAAUAGUUCACUUGAACAGUGGAAGUGAAUUAACUUUUAGAACUUGUUUAUUAGUCUCAGUGAACCUACCCCCACCCCCAUUACUCUUUGCUCAGUUGAAAAUUCUUGUAUGCUAUAAACAGUGUUAAUAUCACUUUUUUGCAGAAAUCAGACCCAGUCGUGUCUUAUCGUGAAACAGUGUCAGAGGACUCCACCCAGAUAUGCUUGUCAAAAUCACCAAACAAGCAUAACCGUCUUUUUAUGAGAGCUGCCCCAUUUCCCGACGGCUUGGCUGAAGACAUUGACAAAGGAGAAGUAAGCUCUAGACAAGACCCCAAAAUUCGUGCCAGGUACUUAGCUGACAAGUACGAGUGGGAAGCUGGAGAAGCUCGGAAGAUUUGGUGCUUUGGUCCUGAGGGAACUGGUCCGAAUAUGGUGAUUGAUGUAAGCAAGGGAGUGCAGUACUUGAAUGAAAUUAAGGAUAGUGUUGUAGCCGGAUUCCAGUGGGCAACCAAGGAAGGCCCUCUUUGUGAGGAAAAUGUCCGUGGUGUGAGGUUCAAUAUUCAUGAUGUAACACUUCACACUGAUGCAAUUCACAGGGGUGGUGGUCAGAUUAUUCCAACUGCCCGUCGCUGUUUCCUGGCCUGUAUGUUGACUGCCUCGCCACGUAUAUUGGAGCCAGUAUAUUUGGUUGAAAUUCAGGUGAGAAAAACAGCUUAAACACCGUGGAAUGCUCAAGCUUAUCUCGGGGAGGUGCUCUAGGAAUGUUGGGGUAGGGAUGUGCUUCUGGGACCCCGGAACUCUUAUCCUGUACCAGACCUACUUCCCGUGAAUAUUGCUUCCCCGUACUGGACAAAAUUGUUUUUUGUUUUUUUUCCCCAGAAAUUACUAAGAUUGGUGCUUUCUUUGAUAUAAAACUGGGUUGCAAGUAAAUUUUGGUUUGCUUAUUUCAGUUUUCAAGUGUCAAUUCCCAGACAAAACUGCUUGAAAACCAUACCCUUCUCAGUGGCACAUACCCAUCUAUACCACCCAUAUAUGGAACUACCCCCCCUUCUCUCAAAUCAUCAUAGCCAAUAGCCCACGCUCGAUAUAUCAAAAUUCUAACAUGACUCCGAGGCUUCAGGGUCAAAAUUGCAAAUUUUUCGCGACUCCAUUGUCUCGCAAUUCCCAGAAGAGACUUGAACAUAGAGAAAACCAAACCAAGUAAUAGAAAAAUGACCAGAAAACCUCGGAGUUAUGUUACAAUGAACAACAAAAUGAUCAGAUAAGGCAGGAACACAAACUGAAAUAUUAACGGCCAAGUGCUCAUCUCUCGUGAUUAAAAGGUCUACGGUGUGACCAGCAGUAAGUGUUGGCUUAUCCACAUGUUGCUUUAAAUUUAGUGAGUCAAGAAGAUUUCAAAAAACAGGUGAGGCUUUGUCACCAGUGGUAAGUAACAAGAAGUAGUGAAGAAUUGGUGAUAUAGCUGAUUCAAUAAAGGUUGCUUUGGGCAAUAAGAAUUGUGCAUUGGGAAGCUAUUGUUUGGUGGUCACUCAAGAAAAUCAUUGCAUUGUUCCAUAUGCCCAAAAACUCAAUGACCAAUAAUUACCCAAGCAACCAGAAGACAGCCAAAAUCAUCGAGAAACAUUGAACAAUAAAUUACAAGGAGGAUAAUAAAUAACCAGGACACGAAUAUCUCGAGAGAAAUCAGAUGUGAUUAGCAAGUCAAUAAAGUUAAAAGGAACAAAAUGACGAUUCAAUCCAGUUGAUUCCUUCACACAAAAUCCAUUUUCGACAGGAAUACCUACGCCACCACCUUUACUGAGUUGUCUGGGUACAUGGUGGAAGGAAUGUCCAUCUGGAAUUAAGUCCCCAAUUACUUCGUCAUCACGAUCAUCAGGAUGAAGCCAAGUCUCAGAGAGAGCAAAAAUAUCAACAUUAUUUUCAACGAUGAAAUCCUUAAUCAGAAGCCUUUUGUUUCUCACUGAUUGCGCAUUGAAAAUUCUUGAAAAAAAAUGCCAUCAUACAGGGCUCUAAGUCAACUUUUGAGUGCACUUGCGAAGUUCUGCUAGCAAGAUUUUUUUCCACUAGCAAACUGGUGAGACCACUAGCAAUUCUUUCCCUUUGUUUGGGUGACGUGGAUGAUUCUAACUCGCAAACGUUUGCUAGUGGACAUUUUUUUCACUUGCAGAUUAUCAAAAUCACUCGCAUUUUGCGAGUUUGCGAUCGUUAAUCUGGAGCCCUGGCAUAAUCUACAAAAGCUUAUCGUGCUACACCUGACUUUAAAGGCAGAGCCCCCCUUCCCUCCUCCUCACACUAGAAGAUCAGAGGAGGCUGUUCUGGCAGGGUGGGGCCCAUGCAGCUUGAAUACUAGGAGGGCUAGCAAAAUGAAGAUGUAGAACAAACGUAGUACUUUCUGCUCAAUUAUUUUAUGUUUGAGUGUUAGUUUUGUUGAUAACUGAACCCAGGCCUAUCGCUACUAAGUGAGGUACCCAAUAGGCUAUUUGUGAGUUCCCCUGGGCCUCUGUAUCAAAAGGGGGUUAAGAGCUCAGCCUUUAAUGUGGAAAUGUUUUUUUUAUUCUCAUGUAAAUACAACUCGUUUCCCAAGAAAGGUUUUGCAGUUGGGCUCAUUUUGAAAGUGAGGGUUUGGAACUUGGAAGUGGCCAACAGACCUUUUUACCAAUACGGCGGCCAUAUUGAAUUAAUUCGAUGUAAGGAGUAUUAUAGGAUGCCCCGGAGGCAUGAGCACAUUUCGCUUGUAUUUUUGAGCGCUUUUCGGGACAUUUUUUCUUAAAGUUUUCUUAGAAUAAGAUUGUAAUGAGAGAGAAGAUCCUUGUGCUGUGUUUGGAUGUAAUAAUGAUCGCCUUUUUCUAGUUUAGUAUUAGAAAUAUGUUCUUUCACUGUAUAUUUCUCGGGAAAAAGGUCAUCAUUAUUACAUCUAAACACAGCACAGGGAUCUGUUUUCCCAUUACAAUCUUAUUCUAAGAAAAAUUCGAGAAGAAAUGUCCUGAAAAGCGCUCAAAUACAAACAAAAUGUGCUCAUGCCCCCUGGGCAUCCUACAAUACUCCUUAAAUCGAAUUAAUUCAAUAUGGCUGCUGUAUCGGUAAAAAGGUCUAUUGAUGGGAAAAGCUGUCUGGCACAAUAUGAACAACAACGAUAAUAGAACUGGAUGAAGUCAUUCACGCACACCAAAUGCAGUAUCAGAGCCUCCUAAUCCUCAUUUGUGAACAAUACUUCCAUCUAUGGGGGGUUACUGUCCUUGUUCCUACUCAUUUACUUCCACCGUGGUGCGAAUACCUGUUAACCCUGAAUCAAAGAGUAGCAGAAAUAUAUCCAAUACAUAUCAUGACAAUCCACUUUCAAGGUUGGCACGCCGCAGCUUCACUCUGUCACAGAAUUGGCACCAAAAUAACCUCUACAUGUGAUUGCAAUUGUGGAUUCCAAUUUGAUUUGCUCGAAAUCUUGUCACUAAAAAAUUACAGCAAAUCGCUCGCCCACUGAUUUAACCAGUCUGCAAUUGUUGUACGCUUCCUUUUUAGUGCCCAGAGGCCGCAAUUGGAGGCAUUUAUGGAGUGCUUAAUAGGAGACGAGGCCAUGUAUUUGAAGAAGGUCAAGUUCCAGGAACUCCCAUGUUUCACGUCAAGGCCUAUCUACCUGUUAAUGAGUCAUUUGGUAAGAAUUAUUUAACCCUUGGAUAUAUAAUUUAUCUCUAACUUUAUGUUAAUCUGUACAUGUUGUUCACUGUACAACGUUGUGUACUCUACACAGUGUCAAGAACAAACACAAAAUUAUUGCAUGGAGGUAUUGACCCAAUACCUACGUGGAAUGAUUAUCUAAAUACAGUAUUCGAUGAUGUAGUUACCUUGUGCGGGAGUUGCAGAAACAAGCGGCCCUCCCACGGUCCCCAUGGGAAAAGCUCCAAUUUGUUGCAGCUCUCUCCCUGCAUGUGAAGUCUUUCCUUGCAAGAAAGGAAUGCUAUUUGUAGAUCACCCCGUUAAAUAGAAAUAAUAUUCACUUGCCAUAGAUUGUUAGAAGGGCUUUAAAUGCAAUAUCCGACAGAAAAAAAAACUGAAACUUAGUUUUGAGGAACAGAAUAUUACUGUUAUAUAAAAGUGUUUUAAACAUCAAAGGUUGAGCGGCUGUCAUGAUUAAUAAGAGUACAACGAAAAUAAUGUUUUGAAUUUCCGGUAAGAUUAGAAGAGUCACUUUAUACUCUCAUACGAUAUUUUUUUUUUUUUGGGGGCAGAGGGGGUGCAUUAUGGAAAUGUCCCAGUUGAAAAUAAUGCCAAUCGUUUCUUGUUUCAUAAGGCUAACUGGCCCAUUUUUAUUCAUGGCCUUAGAAGUCACUGUAAAUUUCCAGCUAAAAAUGCGCAGUCAGCAGCUCAAUCAGCCCCACUAUGUGGGUCUUGUUCUGUAAUUUCUGGGCUCCCUCAUAAAACGGUGCAUCAUUUUCAAAAUUUCUUUUGCAGUUCUCCCUCCCCACACCCUGUACAAAGUUGAAACUCAGAAAAAAUUCUGGAUACAUGCAUCCAACUUUGUUUGGGUGGUGAGGGGAGGGGUUGGGCCUGUAUGAAUUGGAAAAUGCCCCAGAAAUGCAAAAGUAUCCCAAGACUUAUGUCCGUGAUUGUCUGAAAAAGAGGUGGGAUGGAAAAAGUCAAUUUUCAGUGUUUUUCAAGCCUGUAAAGUGCAUUUUUCGUUGCAACAAGUCGCACAAAUUCAGUCUGUUUGAUUUUUUACGACUUAUUGCAGCAACAAAAUUCUGUUUCAGAGUCAAAGAUUUUCAGAAUAAUUCUCCAGUACACACGAAGCGAUUUGUCGCUGCAACGUGUCGCCGUGACAUGUUGCUGCAACUGGUGGCCUGACCUGUACACAUGGAGUGAUCUGUCACCAUGAUGUGUUGCUGCCACUUGUCACCUAGUGUGUUCUGACCUCUAUCAGGGCUUGAAAUAACUAUUGGGCAGGCGCCGGACACAUUGUCCGGUCAAACGUGAUUUUGCUCGGACAUAGGCAUUUUUGGCCGGACAAAUUUAAUCCAUCUUAACUAGUUGCAAUAGAGGCUCCAUUUUGCAAGUUACAUGAUCUGUAUCAUUUUCAGCAACAGCAACUCUAGUUACUCAAAACAAAUCGAGUGUGCAAAAAAUUAGAAGUUGUAGUUUUAUUACUCUUUGUUCUGUUACAUUGUAAGUCAGACACGUGGAUUGCAAGACACAACCUCAUCGUUAACGUUUGGUUGAAACCUGACCAAAUCACUAACAAAACGUAACCUUCAACUUUACAGUACAACAUUUACAUUUUAGCAAAUGCUGCUUUGUUUCUACAAAUAAUUUCAAACAGGCAAAUAAACUUGUGAAAUCGUUUGGUUCAAUAAAUCAAUCUCUCAAUUAACACGAUAAUAAACGCUAUUAAACGGAAUGUAAAUUAAAAUACAAGUAUGUAAUAUAAUCCUGACUUACAAGUUUACUCUACCGUUCGGUUGAAUGCAAAUCUAUACAUUUUGUAAAUUCUCCGUUACAUCUCUUACAAGUUGCGCAAUGAAAAUAAUCGUAUCCUUCGGCGCGACCUGCUGGCCGAAGUAACAUCGCCAUUCGCACAAAAAAUCAUGGUAGUGGGCAUUCAUUGGCAUUUGAAUGCGUUAAAACUUAUACAUAAUGUAUUUCAAAGAGAACAGGGUGAUGAAUGUUGAGUUAACCUUGUGAAUUAGUCGUUUAGUGAUAAACACGCAACAAAUUUACGGACAGGGCGAAAUAAAGACAAACUCUAUUUUUAUGUUUACUUCAUUAACACUCAAAGCCUUUUAUUUUAAUGUUACAUUUGUGAAGUUUUAUUGGAGCAAGAGGGUGGCCUAAUUCAUUAUACUGUCACUCUGGGUCUUUCUUUUUUUCGCUCUUGUUGGCACCAGAUGCUAUGCGGGUUAUUUUCGGCUCAGCGGGGCGUGCAAUCUUGAGCACUUUACAACACGCACAGCAGUAGCCAAUUUGCGGUCGCAACUGACAACAGGAAAUGUCAUCAAUUUCACAAACAAAAGUCCCUCUAGUUAAUAUCUUUUUUGGGAACAUGAUAAGAUUGAAUAAAUUUCCAUCAUGAUUGUCUCAAAAUUGAAUUUUCUUUGAAAGCCCAAAUGACCGGACAACAUGUCCGGUCAUCCACGGAUUUACUCGGACAAUGCUCGAUUCUGACCGGACAUUGUCCGUUGACCGGCCGUUAUUUCAAGCCCUGCUCUAUUGUUGCAUGUGGUAUAAGGUGUAGGAAGAAUGGAGAAAACAGACUUUUUUUUCAAAGACCAGAAUUCAGACAAUCGUAGACACAAGUCCUUGGGACAGAAAUGCAGUAUUCACAUUUUUCUGUAAUUUGUGGGUUCCCUCAUAAAAUAGUGCAUCUUUUUCCAAAUUUUCUUGCAGAUCUCCCUGCUGCCACCCCAUACAAAGUUGAAACUCGGAAAAAAAAAAAUCUGGAUACACGCGUCCUACGUUGUUUGUAGGGUGAUGGGAGGGGUUGGGCCCGUCUGAAUUGGAAAACGCCCCAGAAAUGCAAAAGUAUCCCAGAACUUUAGUCCAUGAUUGUAGCUAAACCAGUAGGACAAAUAAUAAGACAAGACAAGAAUUUUCGCAUCACAGCAUGUCAUCAAUAACGUGAUAUUUGAAAAGGAUGUCACAAACGCAAUUACUUAUCGAAAUUUUCCUUGCGUAUAUCAUUUCAACUUGAAACAAUAUUUUCUCUCUAUUUUCUAAACGACGUGUUCACCAUAGUCUUACCCGGGGGUAGCCUGCAAACUUCAGACGUAUUUCCGGUCGUCGCUUCUCUCCCUCCGAAAAGUAAGAGAAAGAAAAGCGACGACCAGAAAUACGUAUGCAGUUAGCAGGCUAACGAAGGUGGUAGUCCCAUAAUUUUCGGAAAGAGGUGUGCUGCCCGCAGUCUUAAACCCUGACCCCAUUUCAGGAAGAGGCAAACGAAAAUUGACACCCCAUUCAAGGCCCAGACCCGAAAAAUGACACCCUAUUCAAGGGAAAAACAAAACCUAAAAAUUUAAUAGUAACAUACAGACCUUCGUUAUCACUUUCCUAAUGCUGUAAGAAAUACAGGUUUAGUACAGAGUCUUGAAUUCUUAAAAAGUCUCGAAAUUUGCCUAGCAAUUUUCCACUUUCACAUUCCCAUAAUACACUUUAUUCCCCCCACCCCAUGAAAGAAAAUGCACAAGAAUCGUUUCCAAUUUCUCCUGAGUAUUACAGUCGUCCAAAAAGAUAGUGAAAACAAUGAUUAAUUUUGGGGGUUUGAGAGAUUGUGACAUGGCAAGCAAAGGUGUGUUGGUGUAAACGAUUAAAUGUAAGUUUGUUCUUUGUUGUAGGAUUUACUGCUGAUCUCCGAUCGAACACUGGUGGCCAGGCCUUCCCACAGUGUGUGUUUGAUCACUGGCAAAUCCUGCCUGGUGAUCCAGCUGAUCCCUCCACAAAACCUGGAAUUGUUGUGACUGAAACACGAAAGAGGAAAGGUCUCAAUGAGGGCAUCCCAGCCCUGGACAAGUUCUUGGACAAACUGUGACAUGUAUGCUUCAAAAAUAAACGACAGACUCUUGGAGAACCGUGGGUCUGCUAUAGUCAAAUGAAUUCCAUUAUGUAGACCCUUAGACUGUCAUGUCCUUUUAACCUCGCUAAGCGAGCGUGAGCAGCUUUUUGAUGGCAAGUAAACAACAUAACCAACGUUCUUAGAGGCUGAUAAACAAUUCAGGUGAAGAAUUCAAUAAAAUGCUAUUUAGCUUUCCUGUUUUUGUCCUUUUGUGUCCUUUGAGUCGGGCUAGUGACCCUUGAUGCUUUACCGUAACGCUAAGACCCUGUGAGUGGUGUGAACUGGCAUGCACCAACUCACAAAGCAAAAAAUGUAGCAUCUGCUCACAAGGGUAUGAGGCUAAUGGCGUUUUUCCGAAUAAUUUAGUAGACUCUGGUCGUUUUUGUCAUACCAUUAGAAUGGCACUGAUGGAUGUGUUUGGAAAAUUAUAUAAGCAUACCAAGUAAAGAAACGAGUUUACCACUGUCAGCACUGGGAGUUAACCAGGGGUCAAUUUAAUAAAACUUUUACAAGUGUAGCCGUUGUGUUUGAGUCUGAAAACAGUAGCUACAGUUGUAACUUGCACUUGUAAAAGUUUUAUUAAAUUGACCCCAGGCAUGUAUGAGGAAGUUAAUGACCCCUUAUGAGUUUCUGUUUAUUGUUAAUUGUUGAACCAUAGUUAAUAGAUUAAAAUGGUUAUGAAACCCGAUACUCCUUUGUUAUAUGUUUUUGUGGACCUGACGGUGCACAACGUUCAAUAGCAUUCCCACUUAUUGAACAAUAAACACGUCCCAGUAGUAAUUUAAUCCAUCACAAUUUGCCAAUAGAAAACAAAGGAUUGUGCACCUUCAGGGAGCUUUUAACAUAAACUAUAGUGCCAUUGUUUUUAUGUUUGAUGUUUGUUGUCUUUAAUAGCUAAUCUCCUCUAAUAACUAUGGUUGCUAUAACUGGGAGUUAAGUCUUGUAUGAACUGAACUAAUUACCCCCAGUUUGUGUUACUUUAAUUACAGUAAAUGAGUAGUUAAAUAUUCGCAUCUUUGUCCACGCGAAGAAAGAAAUGAAGAUAAAGGAGAACUAAAAAAUCGCUCAAUGUUUUAAGAGUAAUAUGUUGUUCUUAUUUAAACUAAGAUAGGAACGGAAUUUGAACCCAUGGUUUCUUCGUUAGCAAGACAGUGCAGUUUGUCUGAUAUUCUUGUCCCAAAGCAUUGGAAUGUGAGACGGUUUCCCUCAGCGUCUUGCUAUAGCCACAAAUUUUGU